AUGAGCAGUAGCUUUUCUUCAUUUGCACGUUACAUGUCCAGCCAAGGAUUUGAUACAUGGAUUCUUGAAUAUCGAGGUGCUGGAUUGAGCGAAGAAGUGAGAACCAGGGAAGUGAAGCGGCCUGUUACUUCUAUUUCUGAGCAAGUUGAUUUGGCUAUCAAGCAUGGGAUGAAUGGCGCAUCCUCUUCAGAACUGCAGCCAAGCAUCAGCUCUGAUGCGUUUGCAGAAUAUAAGGACUCUGCCAAAGAUGGGGUACAUAAGGACUCAGUGCAAACUGAAGGAUGGCAAGUUACUCGCAAUAGGUCACUCCAUGGGGGGAAUCUUGCUGUAUGCAAUGCUCUCCCAAAAAUGUCGCCAAAGAAGGGACUCUGGUCUGGCAUCAGUUGUGACACUGGGGUCAUCACUUGACUACACUUCUUCAAAGUCAUCAUUGAAAUUGAUUUUACCUCUGGCAAGUGGAUUGAAAUAUUAAUUGUUUCACACAACUGAAGUAUUGCUUCACUAAGCUUUCUAAAUGUAACGGAAUAUGAU